AUGUUUGGAUCGAUCAAGCACGAAACGCCUCAGUAUCGCGAUCACUUUGACGUUCUCAUUGUCUUCGGUGACCCACUAGACCUGGAGGCGGUACGUCGAGUGUUGGAGAACGAAAUUGAAAGCGCGUUUGUGGAGCCGAACGAUCACAUCGAGGUGAUCGAUGGUUUACGCGUUUGUCGCAAUUGGAACAACAGUCCGCUCACAGUAGCGCUCAUAGCGCAGUCAGAUGUAGGUGGCAAGGCGUGCACCAUGCCUCUCCUAGAACGAAUGACAUGUCUGUUCGAUGUUGACGUGGUUGUGAUGACUGGCGUUUGCUCUGGUGUUGACCGUGUUCACGGAGGAGUUGAAUAUGGAACGGUGGUAGUCACUACUAGCACGUCGACGGAAGGAGGGGGAGAGAAACAAAGUGAUGGAGAGGUCCUCGCUCAUGGAGAUCCAGAGAAGAUGGUUGAAGAUGUAGACGUGGUCAUUGAGCAAGCAAUUGCCAGGCUGGGAGGGCGAAGUGACUGGUUGGAGACUAUACCACAGAGUGAGAGACGCGCCAGUCCUCGAUAUGUAGAGGAGAUGAUGUUGGAUGAGGUUAUGAAGAGCAAUUACGGCGUUCACACAAGAGAUCUAUUCAGUAGACUGAAAAGCGAGGUGAUAAUGAAAGAAAUGGAUGAGAGAACGUUGAACAGUAUUUUGGAGCAAAUGGUGAACACAAAGGGAUGGGUGAGCGUUGAAGGAGGAAUCGUCAGGUGCACUGCAAGAGGAGAAGAGUAUGCACAGAAUGCAUAUGAGUUUCCUCGAGCAGAUGAGAUCAAUGUAUUGAUGGGAGAGGUUGGUAGCACUUGCGGUGUGACUGUGAAUUAUCUCGAGAUGAAACAGUACCAUAAGCAAAUCGCGAACAGGAAAUUGAAAGGAAUUGACGUGGAGGCAUAUCAAUUUAUGUCUCGCUGCAAAGAUGUUUUCCCUCAUUGUGUGCCUCUGGUGAUGAAAGGCGUCUCUGGCUAUGGAACUACAGACAAACGAGACUAUUACCAAACGUAUGCUGCCUUAACAGGAGUUGCAUUUCUGAGGCAUCUCUUAGGACUAAGACAGUUUUGUGAUCUUGUAAAUGCUAAAUGUAGAUGGGAAACAUCUCGUAAGGGUUUGGAGUAUGAAUGUGCACAAUUGUAUCAGAAGGAAAUAUCAUUAUCGAAGUCAAAUUCGGUAGCUCAAGUAGAAAUACCAGAGAAAAGUGACACACCAACAGUUAAAAUCGGCUUGACAGCAGAUUGUGCUUUUACAGAUACAUCUCUCCAUCAUGUGUCUCUGCAUCAUUAUGACACCAGUCCUGUCAUUGUCAUCCAUCCUUUCCUUGGCUUCCAUCCUCUUAUUGGCAUCAGUCGUCUCCCUAGAUCUUCAAUUGCUGCUAGUGAGGAUUUUGAGCUGCACAUCAAGUCUAAAAGGAAUGAUGGCACAGUAACAACAAAAGAAGCAAAAGUUGCUGUUUACUCUGAGGAGGAAAUCAAGGAAGCAAAAGCAAAGAGCAGAGAGACACGUACUGUAGUAACACAACUAGUUGAUGAUGAGCUAUUCGAAGAUAGUCUUGGUGACCUGCUGGUCUCUAAAGAAUUGGAAGUAGAAGAAUACUGUCAAUUUUGUCAAUCAGGAAUCUUGCCUGAAUUUGAGGCUGUAAAACCUGCUGUUAUUAUACAUGGUCAGAGUCAGUGGUAUGAGAUUGGACUUGAGUUGGGACUGAAGGACAAUGAGAUUAGAACAUCUACUCAUACUAUUCCAACUGCAGCCGGAAAGUUGCUGGCUGUUAUCAAGGCAAAGAGGACACAAGUAGGGAAAAGCAGAACGGCAAAGGAUUUGUUGAGGGCGUGUCAUCGAAUACCCACACCUAUAGACAAGGAAGUGGAAGAUGAAUUAAAGAAACUGAAUGGUAGUUGCACACCAACAGGAAGCUAUGACUGAAGUGAAACAUUAGUGUAGUAACAUUUACCUGGCUCACUAGAAAUCAGGAAACAUUUUUAUAGAUAAAUGAUCUGUUUGUUAUUUUAAUUAAUCUUACUAUAUCUGUAGUCUUCCUAAAGGAAACUGCACA